UGUAGGCGGACCGCAUAGCUGGGCUUGCGUAGCGGAGCACGCCGAGCGGCAUGCGGGAGGACGAAGGGGACGUGGGCGGGUCAGCCGGUGGCCUCGUCUCCGUAGGGUCGCCGAUGCUGGAAGCCGGCCCGAAGGCGGAGGCGGCGAAGCUGCUGCCCUUCCUGGCGCUCGGGGCGCGGGCUGACCUGCAGGCGGCGGCGGCGCAGCAUGUGCUGGCGCUGACCGGCUCGGGGCCCGGCCGCACGCUGCUGGCCGGCCAGGCGGCACUGCUGCGGGCUCUGGUCGAGCUGGCGGUGGCCCCUGCUCCCGCCCCGGCCCGAGACGCCGCUCGCGCGCUAGUCAAUCUGUCCGCCUACCCCGGCCUGCACGAGCCGCUGCUGGCGGCCGAGCCCGGACUACCUGCCCGCCUGCUGGGCUGCGCGUUGGACCCACAGUGGCCCUGGGCCGAGGAGGCGGCCGCCGUGCUGGCUAACCUCAGCCGCGAGCCGGUGCCAUGUACUGCGCUGAUGGCGGCGCUGGCGGCCGCUGAGCCCGGGGAGUCGGGCCUGGAGCGGCUGGUGCGCGCGCUGUGCACUCCCGGCUACAACGCCCGCGCGCCCCUGCACUACUUGGGGCCAAUGCUCUCCAACCUCAGCCAGCGUCCUGCGACGCGCGCUUUCCUGCUGGACCCCGACAGGUGCGUGGUCCAGCGGCUGCUGCCCCUUACCCAAUACCCGGACUCCUCGGUGCGGAGGGGCGGGGUGGUGGGGACACUGCGAAACUGCUGCUUCGAGCACCGACACCAUGAGUGGUUGCUUGGGCCUGAGGUGGACAUUCUCCCCUUCUUGCUACUGCCCCUGGCUGGGCCUGAGGACUUCUCCGAGGAGGAGAUGGAGCGGCUGCCCGUUGACCUGCAAUACCUGCCACAAGACAAGCAGCGAGAUCCUGAUGCCGACAUCCGCAAGAUGCUCAUUGAGGCCAUCAUGCUGCUGACGGCCACGGCACCUGGUCGGAAGCAGGUGAGGGACCAGGGAGCCUACUUGAUCCUGCGCGAGCUGCACAACUGGGAGCCAGAGCCCGAUGUGCGGGUGACUUGUGAGAAACUCAUCCAGGUUCUUAUUGGGGAUGAGCCAGAGCAUGGCAUGGAAAACCUGCUGGAGGUGCAAGUACCUGAGGAUGUUGAGCGACAGCUGCAGCAGCAGGACCGCCAGGAGCAGGAACAGUGCGAGCGGGUGCAGCAGGCGCUGGAGCUGGCCCCAGAGACACAGGCAGAGGUAGCCGCACCCACCUGAGGUGCCUGCCACCAGCUCCAGGCCCACCUUUGCUCGCCAUCCGUCCAGGCCUCCCCGACCAGGUCUGCCUGCAGCCGCUGGCAGGCCUCUGGGUCCCCUU